AAGAGGGAGGCAGGGAGAGGCUUGCUUCGCUAACCCAGGUUGGGAAGCCCCGUAAUUAGGUGAUUUCGUGGAGCUGGUUGGAGUGGGCAAACAGUCCGUUGCUGAAGUUGGAUGGUGCGCCGUCUUAGAACCGCUUUCCACGGGUUUCCAGAUUUUGCCUGGGCUGUGGCACGCUGGCUGGGUGCACUGGUGGAGUUGGCAGCUUCCCUACAGCUCCCUGUGCCUUAAGACUGAGAAGUUGUUCCAGCUUUCAGCGAGCCUACGGAAAAGGGGAUCUUGCAUUUUGGGGCUGCAGUCUGGAACUGAGGCCGAGAUGUCUGAGGGGCCUUCCAGGAUCACUGGGCCCAUUCCUCCAGAUCCUACCCUUUGCCCAGAUUAUUACAGACGCCCUCUAUCUGCACGAGGCAGGCUGGAAGGAAAUGCUUUGAAGCUAGAUUUGCUCCCUGGUCCCAUUCCUCCAGAGGCCAGCCUCUAUCCCACUUGCUACAGUGCUCGCCUCGCUCAUCCUCCAAGGAUUAAGCCCAACGCCAAGGACAUUUUGGAAAAGGGACAGAAAGGCACGGUGGGAAGCCUGCUGCAACUAGAUGGCAUCUCCUUCUGCCAGGAGCUGGCAGCCAAGUGCCGGGGUCAUAAGGACCACGAGAAGGAGAACCUGCGGCGCAUGAGAGAGAUCCAGAGGAAAUGCCGUGAGAAGGAGCAGGCUCGGGAGCUCGGCCAGCCAAAGCCUGUGAAAGCCCUGUGGAAGUCUCAGAAGUACAACAAUGUGGAAUCCAAAGUGAAGACCAAGUUGCAGGAGGGUCCUGUUCCUCCAAUGCCAGAGGCCCAGAGGUAUCUGCGAGCCUAUUCUCGUUGCGGCACAGGAAUUCACCCACGCAGAUCAACCUCUCCCAGUCCUGCCCAGGACAAAGCAGCCACGCAAGCACGGAACGGGAUCACUGAGGAGAAGAGCAGGGAGGUGGACUUCAUCAGCCACAAUGCCCAGAAUGCCAAGCGAGCCCAGCAGCGGCGUUCACGUUCCCUGCAAUCGCUCUCUGAAGUACUGGAGCACAAACAGAAGGAGCAGGAGGAGUACGACGCCAAGCAGAAAGGCCACGUCCCCCGCUACCUGAUUGAGCGAAAGGACCACUGGCGCAAAGAGGCAGAAGAGCGCCAGCGCAACACGCCUGACCCUGACAUGCCACCUGGCCAUGCUAGGAUGCCGGAGAACCAGCGGCUGGAAACACUGAGCAGCCUUCAAAAGAGCCAAGAGCAACUCCUGAAAGACCUCCUGCUGCUUCCAGUGCGAAUUGAUAGCCUGAGUGUUCAAAAUCGACGGGUUGCUCUAGAGAAGAAGCUAUCACAGAUUGAAGAGGCCCUGAAGAUAUUCUCUCGGCCCAAAGUCUUCAUCAAACUGGACUCUUAGACCCUCCCUUUCCGAGCCUCCCCUUUGGGAGAAGCAUUGGAGAUGGAGAUGCAUUUAGAUUUUGCUCUUGUACUCUCUCUGCCACGGACUGUCCCAGGGAUGCAAGCUUCCUCUGAUCCACGCUUGCAGCUGAUCUCUCUCAUGUCUCCCUUUUAUUACAAGUUAGGAGGCAAAUAAUACCCCCUUUCAGGGCUGUAAAACCUAUAGCCCUUGUCCCAUCAAUUCCAGCCAGCAUUGCCAAUGGUCAGAGGUGACAGCGGCUGUAUUACGAAGGGUGUAUUUCUGGAAGACUACACAUUCCCCAGCCCUAAUCUAUAGCUUUCUGCUUGUCUCAUUUUACAAGUCAGUGGGAUAGAUUGCCAAAAUAUGUGGGUGUUCCUUGUUUCCAGGAGUCUCUGCAUUUCCUCUGCAUUUGCAGGGUUGUUCCUGCAUGAGAGGCUCAUUUAGCAGUUGGGAGGCAGCAUGCUGGCAGGCGAUGGGAUGCCAGUGGCUCUUGGCCUUUCUGUGAGGCAGGUACGUGCCGUGGCUUGACAAACAGCCUGUGCUUAGAGGAGUGUGUGCAAUUGGAACUUAAGUGGCUGAGCCAUUUUAAAUAAACAAACCAAUAUCUUGUUAAGGACCUACCAUGGGACAGAACUUGAAACCAUGAGUGCCUUCAAGAGCAAUCCUGGUUAGACUCGGGUCUUAAUGACUUACACGUGAUCCUCUUUUUAGAUAGUAUUGUAUAUUUGCUUCAUGUUCUGCAAGCCAUGCUCUGUUUUGGAGCCCUGUUAUUCUGCUAUGUGUGGCUCUGGGCUUUUGCCUCUAAAGUCUAACCUUAACCCUCAGACUACCACUGCUAGGACCUCUGGUUAGAGGGAUAAGACAGCAGAUGUUAAAAAAGGACAUUGUUUUAGGCCCUCAAGAGUCCCCAUAGUCUGGUUGCUCUUCAGAUCAUAUAGAUCUUUUGCUUUUUUUUAGCUAAAGAGAGUCCCUGUUAUUGUUACUGUUUUUAAACAACUGGGAGUCAAAAAUCCUUGCCCAUCUACAGCCAAUCACCCAGACAGAUCUAUCUGUAAAGCCUGAGCUAUCAGAACUCUAGUUUUGGGACAGGCAUCUGUAACAAAAUUCUUAGCACCUUUAUUAAGUUAUAACUCCCAGGGGUCUGUAGAGGAAGCCAUUACAGUUAAAGUGGAAUGAGAAUAUACAACUGGAGUGCAGUUGUACCUUCUGAGGCUUUUUGUUAUUGGUGUGUGCUGUCAAGUUGUCUCCAACUUUUGGAGACCCUGUGAGUCGAUUCCCUCCAAAAUGUCUUGUCCUUGACAGUCCUGCGUGACUGGUGCAAAGUCAAGGCCGUGGCUUCCUUUAUGGAACCAAACCACUUCAUAUUUGAUCUUUCUCUGGCCGCCGGUGGCUUUCCCUAGCAUGAAGGUCUUCUCCAGUGCGUCCUUUCUUCUCCUGAUGUGCCCAAGGUGCGACAGCCCCAGUUUCAUAACUUUUUGCAUCCAGGGUGAGUUCUAGAUGAUUUGAGCUAGGAUCCCCUUGUUUGUUUUCCUGUUAGUCCAGGGUAUUUGCAAAGCCCUUCUCCAGCAGGUCUUAGUAACUAUUUCAUCUUUAUUGCCUCCAAACAUACAGGGCGUUGUAUAAUGUAGCCUAGUUCUUGUGGCACUGCAAGCGUCUCAGCCCUUCAUUUCUGCUCUAGCAUCAGUUCAUGGUGGCUGGAGACAGGAAAGGUAGUGAUGCAAAGAAGGAAUUGUGGUCCCUGUUCUAGUGAUAGGAUUGUCAACCUGUUAUUUGGGGUGAUCAGCAACAUGGGUGCUGAGGCCAAUAGUUUGGGUCGAAUUUAGGAGGAACGAGUGGGAUGGGCAAUGUGAAGCAAUCCAGUUCCGGGGUACUUCUUUCUAUAACCUUUGCUAGUGUUCCAUUCUGUCCCUGCAUUCAUUCAGUAUUCUGUAACCACUAACCAUGCUGCCUACUGAUUUGGGCCGUUUUAGUUCCCUGUUAAAUAUUAGCAACCCACCUGCAAAAGUUUAGGUUCCUCAGAGCCUCUCGGUAUCUACCUCUUGCUCGUGGUUACUGGCAUUUGGGCUCUGUGAGGAUCUGCUCUUGGAGCACAAGUUUGUUAUUAGCAGAUAGGAUGCUGAGUAAAUGUAAGAAGCGUCUAGCAGCUGCUGUUUCUUAUGGUGGUGUGUGGAUUUCAAGUUUCAGAAGGGUUCCCCCCCCUUCAGUGAAUCUGAAAAAUUUUACUUCAUUCUGUGUCACAAGAAGGAUGCUGCCGUCCAGCAUCAAGCUCGAAAGGAAGAGAGUACUGCCGUGUCUGUUUUGCUGCUUGCUCAGAGCAUCCUGGAGGCAAGUGACGCUGGAAUGCUAUCCAGUCCAAAGCUAGUCCACAGCUCUAAGAGCAAGGACUAAGCGGCAUGCAAGGCUUGGGAAGGUUAAAUGUGUUGACAUGCAAUAUGAUCUGUCACUUAAGACCUGGCUGUGGACUCUGCAAAAGAGGAGGCAGGCACCCAGCGUGUGCAGUGCCCCCACUCGCCCCCUAAAAGCUCCGUGCAGGAUUGGAAGGGAAGAUGGUGGACUGUAAUAGCAUAAUUUAAGGCCUCCAGGUAGUGCCUCCAAGUGCAUCAGCACUGAACGUGCCUCUUGUCCGGUGGAAAUGACAGGUGGCAGUUACCUGGCUUCCAUUACCUGUGACACAGAUGGCCAAAUGGCAAGCUGUACAAAAGGGGCAGUGCAGAGCCUGCCCCCCUUCUCUAGCUGGAGGAAAGAGUGCAAUAGCGCAAGCCCGAUUGCGUUGCUUUGCAGCCCCACCUUUGCGUGGACAGAAAGCUUGCAGGUCGAAGGUGGAAGACUGCUUGUUGGCCUUUGGUGCAGCAUAAAAGGUGUUCCCUUGGUGCGUCUCAAGGCUCUUUCAGUGGUUUGUGGAGCAGGCAGUUAGUUUGUUGGCUCGAUGGAUUCUGUAGUUUACCACUUCACUGGUCACUGAUCUAAAGAGCUUACAGGCCAGUAAUAGUGCCUGGCAGGGAACGCCGCCCUGCCCGCCCAGUUCAGAGCUGUUACUGCCGAGUGCUUAGACCAAGAAUUUACUGUAAUGAUUUUCCAGCUCAAAGUGGGGAAGAUGGCUUGAACCCUGAACCAGGCUCCUGCUGCCCUCUGGUGGCAAGCCUAGUGAGAAUGCAUAGAUGAAGAGUCAGAGAAAAUCAAGGGUGUAGGCAGUGAAGUCUCAAUCCUGAGGUGGCAGCAGCUGGUGCAGGCUACUCAGCCAGGAGUUAAGCUGGCAGGGAUAUAUACUUCUGAUCCUCUUUCCUGUCCCAUCAAGCUUUGGAAUUUGAUACACAUGGACGUGGUCUCUAUCAGUAAGGCCUGUUAUUAGGCACUCCUGAAACAGUCAUUGAGUAAGUGGGGUACCUGCCACCUGAGAGGUUCAUAAUUCAUUACAGCCUCUAACUUCUGCAAGGUGAAGAGAGGGAGCAUAUGCGUCCCGAUUACUUUCUUAUUUCAAGAGGCCCAGCAAAAGGCUUGCUUAUCCCAGGUCUCACAGGCUAAAGCACAAAGACUCAUCCAAAGGCUUCAGUUGCCUGUUCACAUCAAUGCCAAUGGUUUUUGUGGUGGGGAGAGGUUGGCAUGGAAAACAGCCAAGCCCAGUGCACAGUUUCUGCCUGGAUCUGGAUGGCUUAAAUGGCAAGACAUCCACAACAGGUAAAGCAUUCUAGCUGGUCAGACUUUAAAGUGAGCAAAGCAGAAAGUCCACACUUCUAGGAUUUAAAAUGGUAAAUUAAGCCUAUUUCUUAAAAGCCCUUUGAGCACAAAUGAGCCAGAUGGAUCUGGCAGGAGACAUAGUGCUGACAUGCUGUGAUCAGCAGCUUAUGUGUUAGAGAGACUUUGCUUCUCUUCUUAAGAUGCUUUUUGCAGGAAAGAAUGAAAGGUAUUAGGCAUGUGACUGGUUCCGAAUAGGAACCACCAAGGCAGGUGGGGAAAGGACCCAAGCAAGAAUGUUUUGGGUGGGUACAAGGCAAGAUCAAGGCAACUAGAACAACAAACCUUUACAGUGUUUGGAAAAUUCAGCUGAGGCAGAAUAUGGCCAUCCAGCUUGUUGGCUCACAUGACACCGAUACUGUGCUAACCACACUGUUUGCCAGUGCAUUUUCAAGCCCAAUUUAAAGUGCCUGCUUUAACAUUUAACUUUUAAAGCUUUAAAGAGUUUGGGUCCAAGUUGUGUGAAGGACUGCCUUCGCUUGUAGCUACAUUCUUGGGCAAUUAAUAAAGGCCCAUCUCACUUGCCCAUGGCCAAGGGCAGUUUAUGAUUCAAAGGGAAAGGUACGUUUUGACAGUGGCUCUGCAAUUCUGGAAUGAGAUUUCUUCAGCUAAUUAUCUGGUCCCUUCUUUGCAGGUCUGAAGACCCACCAGUUUUCACUAUCUGUUCCUUAAUUUUUAAGCAGCUUGUUUUAUUUGUAAUUGCUGUUUUUAUUUAAUUUUAUUGCUUGCACUGUAUUUCUUGCAAUCUUGUACAUUAUCUAAAAUCAGAGAAAGAGCCAGUGUUGAGCACAUACAAAAUACGCUAAUGUUUAAAGACUAAUCUGUAAGGCUCCUAAAUGAGUCCCAGUGAGCUCAGGAGGGUUGACAGACAAAUGAACAGUGGUAAACUUUGAAGUGCAGAUCGUUAGCGUGAGAAUUGCCUUAGCCAUGCUCCCAGGGAGAGUCCGAAAUCGUGGGUUGAACCAGAUCAACAAACCAGUUACAUUAGUUGUCAUCUCUGUCAGGAAUGGGUGUUUUGUAAAGCAGAUGGGUCGGAACUGCCUACUCAAAGCCAAGGCAAAAUGCUUCCCAUUACAUCACGCAUCUUCACAUUGAAGCACAUUGCAUUUAUAUCCCACCUUUUUGUCUCUUGUGAGGAACCCAAGACAAUUUAGAUAGUUCUCUUCACUGUUACCAUCACACCACUAACUCUGAGGUCGGUUCAGUUGACAGCAAGUGACUGGCCCAAAGUCACCCAGUGAGCUUCAUGGUUGAGUGGGGAUUAGUACCCAGAUCUCUCAGGCCCCCAGUUCAGCAGUCUUAACUGCCACACCACAUUGUUUCUGGGAACAUUACUGCCCUCCUCUCCAGUCUACUGUGAGGAUUGCAGCUAAACUCAGAGGGAACAGGGAGCUUUGAGGAAGGCAUGGUGGCAGCAGAUGAUGUUGGUCUGUCUGCUGAUACAAGGCUGUGGCAGCAGCAUCUUUCAAGCCUCAUCUCUUCUGCAGCACUGCAUAUAAGUAUGUAUGGAAGUGCUAUCUUUAUUGGGUUUUCCUGCGAAUUAAUUGCUACUCUCUAGAAAAUUAAAGGCCAUUACAGAUCUUCCAGUGUGAAAGCCUAGUGUAAGCUGUGAAGCAAUGCACCCCAUCUUCCCCUCCCAUCCCCACGCAUUUAUACUCUUCCUGCCAGCAGGUAUUGCGGAUCAUGAAGCAAAAGACAGUACCCCGGGAGAAUUCAGAUCAGCAUUACAUUUGCAUAAGCUACAUAAUUUGCAUCAUCAUGCAGAUUUGUGUUCAUUAUUAUUGAAGUUGGAAUAAGCUCUCUUUGCUAGUGGAUAUGAUUUUUUUGCACAUAAUGGAGAUUAGCUACCCAAAGCAUUACCAACAAAAGGCUCAGUAAGUUUUCAACAUUUUCAGACUUGGGACCCACCUUUGAACACUAGCCUGCAGCAUGGAACUGACUUUGAUGUGCACUGAUUACAUAUGCCCAUUUUUUUCUUUGCAUUUUCCCAGUGCUUCAUUCCCCUCCUUUCCCCCCACAUCUUUCUGCUUUCUCUUAAUAGCAAACAGAAAAUGACAGUCAUGUCCAUUUUGUCCUACCUUGGGAUGGCCACAAACCCAAUUUUGGGCUCUGAUCCACCAACUUUUCAUCCUCACCAUGCUCCCAGAGAUUAAGGUCCCAGCAUCCUCCUCCUGUGAGCAGGACCAGUGUCUGUCCCUUCUGGCCUUUGUGCCAACUUUGAUCGUGGGGAAGGACUAGAUAGGAUUCUCACAGUUCCAUGUUGUUUCCAAAGAGCUGUGACAACUUCGGAAAUGCGGCCUGACAUGUACAAGCCCCAGCAGCUUCUAACUUGAGCUUGGAGCUAGAGAGGAGGAAGACUGAUAGGUGGCAGAUUCUGGUCAGAUAAAAUGACUUUUUCACACAACACAUAGUUAAACUAUGGAGUUUUCUAAUAUGAAGUAUUGUGAUGACCACCAUAAAAGGGAAUUAGUCAUGAAGGAUACAUCUGUCAAUGACUCCUGGUCCUCAAUGUGCUGUGUGACAUUCAAUAAGAGGCUGGAUGGGCUUUUUUGUGUGAGACAUUUGUUGUAUGCUACUCAUGGUUAUUAAUGCAUUCUUUAGAUGAUGUCGUGAUCCUCCAGUUUCACUUCUGUGCCUAAGGAACUCUUGCAGGGAAAUGUGGCAUUUAAUUGUGAAAGCAAAAGUGCCAUUUCCUAGUGCUUGUGCUAGUCUGCUACACCACAGUGCCACCUAGAGGUAGCAAAAGGAAACCCUCUUCAUGUAGUGCUCAGAUCCUAAUUCUGCAGCAAAACAACCUUGUGAAGAAAAGCCCUGUGCCUCUCAAUACCAGUUAGUGGGGAUUAUGAGUGUGAGGGUGCUAUUACUCCCAUGUCCCACUUAUGUGUUUUCCCUUAGGCAGCCAGUUGGCUACUGUGUGAACAGAAUACUGGACGAGUGCGGUUCUGAUCCAGUGUGGUUCUUAAGUUCUUCCUUUAAUGCUCCCAGGAGUUGCGUGCUGCAUCAGAGUUGUAUGAGCCUACUGGUUUUUUCCUUUUCCUCUACUCCAACCCUGAAGCAGGAGAUUGGGACCUUGGGCUGGGUUUUGGAGGUACAGUGCAAAACCAGGUAAGAUCAUGUCCUUUUCUAUGUAUGGCUACCGCAACCGAUUACACUUAGUGUACCUGUGACAAUGGCAGUUAACUAAACUUGCUUUUGUUAUCAACCAUGAA